AUGGACCCAGCCGCCAUCCGUCGACGGAGGAGGCGAGUUGCCGAUGAGAAUCGGAAAAGGGCCCCUCGAGCAUGCGAUCGCUGCAAGGCGCGAAAAAGCAAGUGUGUGGAGUGGACCCCUGGGACGUGUCAGCGAUGCUCUUCGCGCAAUUUGGCCUGCCAGUUUGAAAGAGAGCGAUCUGUUCCAAUCAACGAUCAAUAUCCACCCGCAUCCAGUGAGCCGAUUGAACAUGGUGUAUCAGCCUCCCUAAACAAUGAGGUUUCUCGUCCCGUUGAUUCCAUGAAUCCUCAUGAUUUACUCUCGCCAUCCACGGUCUUGUCUCAAAGGCUCGCUGAGCAUGUUGUCACAGGCCAAUCCAAAAGAGUUCCAUGGCCAAAUAUCUUAUCCCGGCUUCGAGAGGCCUUCUCGCUAGAUACACAUGCGGCCCCCGAAGAAAAGGAGAUGGUUGCAAUGCAAGCUCAUAUGGCUGGUCCAAAAGCACUUCAUUCCUCUGAACUGGCACGGUUGCGUACUACAAUAGACGCCUUCCCACCACGUCCGAUAGCCGACUUCCUAUUAUCUGUCUUCAUCAAGCACGCAACAGAUACUUUCUUUUACUUCGAUCAAGAUCAGAUAUUGAAUGAGAUUGACCAGUUCUACAAGGAUCCCAGUUCACCCCUGAGGUCUGAUAUAAGUUUUGUCUGCCUCGCAAUGGCAGCAUUCGCCCUAGGGAGUCAGUGGGCACCCCUCGAGAGACCACAGGAAUCGGCCAUCAGCCUCCAUCGUGAUAAUGAUUAUUUGGGUCGAGCCUUCUAUAACCAUGCAAAGUCUCUCAUUCCCGACAUCGUUGACAGACCAUGUCUCCGAUCUAUCCAAGCACCCUUUUUGCUGGGUGUGUAUCUAAUGCCAGCUAGUGCGAUUGGAUCGUCAUACGUCUACAUGGGGCUAGCUCUGCGCAAAGCGCUAGCAUUUGAUCUUCAUAUUGACCAAGACGAUCAGGUGAUUAAUGACCGGGAGAGAGAGGUCCGACAUCGGUUAUGGUGGUCAAUAUAUUCUCUUGAAAGGUGCACCACUGUCAAGCUCAACAGGCCUCGUUCUGUUGGUAUCGACGUAAUUAGAGUACCUCCUCCAUCUCCUUUACCAGCACUAGAUCGUCUACAGAAAUAUGACAAUGUUCAAUUUCAAAUGGCGUACAUCCGUUUGAUCAGAAUACUGGAUCAGAUCGCCGAGCCUGGAGGGUCAUUAAAUGAAGCGGCGGAGCAGUCACGCGCUGAAAGUUGGGAAUCUGAUCUUAGGCAGUGGAAGAAAUCACUACCACCAGAUUUCAAGAUUGAUACCAUGCACCCGAAAGACUCAAGAUACCGCACAAUCUUUCACUUAUAUCUCAACUAUUACUAUGCAUGGAUUACAAUGGGUAAAGUAGCACUUGUGACCGUCGCCCGAACGAGCCCUCGCAGUUAUUUACAGCCAUGGUCAAAGCCGUCUGAACCAAGUGACCUCAUUGUGAGGCAAUCCCGAUCCUGUGCAAAGGCAGCCAGGAAACUUCUCCUGUUAUUUGAAAAUCUCACGAGCACCGGCAAGAUCACUCGCUUCUCAUUCACGGACUUUCAAGGAUGCAGCAUCGCAACCAUUGUGACACUGGUGGCUGGGAUCAUGGAACGUGACUCGGGGUAUGAAGCCCGAGUUACAUUUGGCCUUGAUUGUCUCCGCAAGAUGGCCACUGGGAAUAUCACAGCUAAAAUGGGAGUGAAGUUUGUUGAGGCCAUGCAGUCUAUAACAAACGAGGCUGCGGCCAAAAUCCAUCGAGCAUCAUCUAUCCACACAGAAAGCACAUCGGAUGCUCAGAGCUCAGCUUCUGCAUCUGAGUACCACCAAUGGGCCGCAUGGCUCGCUGAGAUGGAACCUUCUCAGACAGAAGAACAAGGCGUUAUUCCCUACAGAGGCAUUGAGGUAGAGCCCAAUGUGCCAUACUCAAACACACCUCUGUUGCAGUUAGGACAGUCAAAUGUCCCGAAUAUCUCUGGUUGGAAGACUCCACAUGACCCAAUUGUUUCGGAAAAUUUGCUUCUUCCCCCAGACGUCGCACCUGGAUCAACGAUGGCGUGGGGAAUACAGUCCACAGAUGAUGAUCACUUGUCGGCUCUGCAAAAUGAUGACCCAGCAUUCCUCAUGGGUCUGACUGGGUUUGAUCUUUUGGAUUUCUCCGGCUUGACAUGA